AUGGACAUAAAUAAUUUCAUCUGUGCCAAUAAACCCGGAGAACUUACCUUUGAAGGAGGAAGAGGCUCCUCCACGGUUGAUAUCACAUUAAUUGCUGGGGUACUCGCGAGUCAGAUUACAGGCUGGCGUGUAGUCGAGGAGGAGACUCUCAGCGACCAUAGAUAUAUCUCCUUCAGGAUCCGGGAGAAUUCCAAAGCUGUUGUUGAUUCCGGGAGAUUUAUAUCUGGCUUCCCUGGCUGGAUCAUAAAGGACCUAAAAAAGAAAAAGAAUAAAAUAUUAGAGGAAUUUUCCAAGCAGCUUGUAGAAAUGAAACAACGGUUGGGGGAUGGGGCAUCGUGGGGUAACAUGGAGGGGGAAAUUAGCAAAAUUUUCUUUAGGACCUGUGACAAGAUUUUUAAGAGGAGACAUACGGGACCCAAUAAGAGGAAAACGCAUGCAUACUGGUGGGAUAAGGAGGUUAGCGAAAUCUGGAAAAGAUGUAAUAAAGCAGCGCGAUACCUUUGCAAACGUAAAAGAAAGAGGGAAUCGGAUCCUAUCAGCUUUCAAAACGCGUUGGUCCUAUAUAAUAAAAGGAAGAAAGAAUUAAGGAAAAUUAUUAAGAAUAAGAAAUUGAGGUGCUGGAGAGAACUUAUAAAGGAUCUGGAUAGAGAUGUGUGGGGGUUAGCAUACAAAAUUAUUUUUAAGAAAUUCAAAAGGAUGGGUCCACCCAUCCCUCGCGCUGAGGGGAUUGAAAUAAUUAAAGAGCUGUUUCCGUCAGGAGCGGAGAUCCCAGAAAUCGAGGAGAGCACUCUAGAGCAGAUUAGGGGAGAGGCUGCGGAGGAACUACGUUUAACCAAAGAAGAAUUAAUUAAACAUGCCAAGUGCAUUAGGGUAGGUAAGGCCCCGGGUUCAGAUGGGAUUCCUGGGAAAAUAGUGAAACUAUUGCCAACAAUAGUUGGCUCUGGGUAG